UCAACGGCUCUGAGCACCAUGGAAGCCCGCCAUUGCAAAAAGCAUUUUCUCAGCGUGAGAUCGAAAGAUGCAACGCGACCUCAUCGCUGCGAGCGGCGUCUGCAGAGCCUCCGGCACCGCUAUACCCUCGCAGCCUGCUGGCAACUAAACCCGGCAGUCCGGCGGAGUCACCGCACGGAUUCCAGCGGUGGAGCGCCUCAGGCCCGAGCUUGGAGGAAGGCGACCUGCUGCCCAUGUACGGCGGCGGUGGCGGCCGGGCCUCAAGCAGCGGCUCGUCGUCUUCGGCCGGCACGCCCAGUCCAAUGCUGGCCGCGCCGCAGCCGCUCAAGGCGGCCAACGGCGCGGCCACUGCCAACACUGCACCGCAUGGCCACCCGACGCAGCCCAGAAAGUACCAGUGCAAGAUGUGCCCACAGGUGUUCGCGCACAAGUCUGCGAUGCAGCAGCACUCGCGCGAGGCCCACCGCGGCGACCUGAAGCCGCACCAGUGCACCCAGUGCCUCAAGUCGUUCUCGUCGACGCACCAGCUGGCGCAGCACGUGCGCAUCCACACGGGAGAGAAACCCUACAAGUGCUCCUACUGCGAGCGCCGCUUCAAGCAGCUCUCGCACGUGCAGCAGCACACGCGCCUGCACACCGGCGAGCGGCCCUACAAGUGCCACGUCGCCGAGUGUGGACGGGCAUUCAUCCAGCUGUCCAACCUGCAGCAGCAUUUGCGAAAUCAUGACAGCCAAAUGGAACGCGCCAAGAGCCGACCCUUCCACUGCAACAUAUGCGGCAAGGGCUUCGCGUCGGAUAGCAGUCUGCGGACCCACAGAUCCAAGCAACACGCAGCGCUGAUUGGAGGAGCAGCGUCGCAGUCUUGCCCGAUCUGCCACAAGAUCUGCGUCAACGCUGAAGCCCUAAUGGAGCACAUGCGUAUCUCACACAAGGAUCCACCAGCCACAGCACCAGGCACAACGUGGACCAGUGGAGACACUUCAGGCGGCACUCAGUCUUCAGAAGACCAAGGCAAGCAGCAGCAACAGCAACAACAACAACAGCAACAGCAGCAGCAGCAACAACAACACCAGCAGCAGCAACAGCAGCAGCAGCGGCGUGUGGGCCAGCCACAACUAACCCACGCGUGCCCUGUGUGUGGCAAGGCUUAUGUGAAUGAAGGCUCACUGCGCAAGCAUGUGAGCACCCACCCAGAGGCAGCCUCCCUGGGCUCCCCGCUGCGAAUGUGGCCCUGCACUGUCUGCCAUAGCGUCUUCACCCACGAGACAGGAUUGCUACAUCACAUGGAGCACAUGCGCAUGGACCCGAAGCACCAGUUUGCGGCCCAGUACUUGCUGAGCCGUGCUGCCGCCGAGCGCAGAGAGAAGCAUGGUGGGCCCUCGGCGGGUCCCCCCCACGACAUGUUGUCUGCUAUCCAGCCACAGCCGCAGGCAGCGGCAUUGGCUGCAGUCAUGCAGCCACCGCCCUCCUCAUUGGCCGUGUUGCAGGCCAGCCACCUGGCACACUCCUGAGGCAUGGACUUCAAAGGUGAAAGCCGCCAAGAUGUUGCCCUCCUCCCCUACCUGUGGGCACAAGUCGCAGCGGCAGACAAGACAGAAGUCCGUGUCUCUAAAUGAUUUACGCUGAGUGCAGCAACUGCUGGCCGCUUCAGAUGGCCUUCAUGACUUGGUCAAAUGUGAUCUCCCACUACUGACGGGAGACGUGUACAAUAUUGCUGUCCAGUUGGCCCGUGUCUAUGACGGGAGUCUGCAGCAUGUUUCACUUUAAGCUUGGUGCAACACCUGGUUUUUUUUCUUCCCUGUGUAAUUGCCGUGUAUCUUUACCUUUCGUGCUUGUUCAGUUUUGCAGUUGCAAUGUUGCUGCAUAUAAAAGGCUGUACCACGUGCUUAGCUGUCCCACGUCAUUGCUGAAAGUGCUGUAUUUGGAUGAGUGUGCUGCGACCACUGACCAUGGAUGUAAUGGGAGGUACAACUUCUAAGGUUCGAAAAAUAGAAAGCAAAUUAUACGGCGUCAACGUGACUUGCUGUCAUGUAAGGCAACCAUGACAAUAUGUGUGGGAAAAUAAGAUGAGUGCAGUGGCUGCCUUUGAGCACUUCAUAAUUUCCAUCAGUUGGGUACACUUUCUCGGCUCCUUUUUGCUUCAUGUGAGCUAUUCGACCCAACACAAAAGUUAGAGCUUCACUCUGGAUGCUGCACCACAUGUUGAUAUUGCAUCACAUUGCAUUCUGGAUGUUUGGGGAAGUCUGCUUAGCGAAGAUUGCAAGAUUUAGGUCCCUGCCUUUCUUCCAAUGCUCUGAUGUAUGGCAAUAGAUCCUCUCAAUCAGAUUAAAAAAUACUUUGUAAAAGUGUGUAUUGUUCCAAAUUUCUCACAUUGCAUGCUUUAAAUACAGGAGCAUUGAUGUAAAAUGGUCGCAUUACUUUCAUGGAAAUGCCAUACUUCCGAUUUUUGUAAAGUUUAUUUUUUAUGUAUGUGUGUGUGCAGAGGUUAUCUGCAAUUGCUACAUUCAGUCCCAAGAAACGGUGGUUAUAGCUGACGGAGCUAUAUAGUGUUGGAAGUGCCAAGGGCCCCUAUCUUCGAAUUGAAUAUUCAGAAUUCACGUUUUCCCUUCUGUUGUAUUUGACUUGGCUAGGAUGCUGACGCUUCAUUUAAGAGCCGCUGAUAUCUCAUAGUGUUGCGCAGAGAGUGAAAGCAUGGCUUCAUCAUUUCUAGUAUGCAAUUUGAAGCAUGCACAUAGUUGACUGCGCAUGUUACGAAAUGGCUGUGUAAAGGAAUGAGAACCUGUUCAGUUAACAUAGUGCCAAAAAUUUGGCUUUGGGAGCAAGCAUACUUUUUCAUAGAAACUGUUGUGUUCAGUCUGCUUUUCUAUGUGGGUGACAUUUGAGUGCUUACCAAGAUGCAGAGUUUUGCAACCAUUAUGAAGAGGGUAGUUAUGAAUCACUGCUGGUUCAACUGUUUCUAUAUUGAACAUGGACAUUUUUUAUAUUUGCCUAAGUUUUUUAUCUAGCAUUGCAGAGAGGAUUUUUGUUUAUUGUAAUCGUCCUUGAAGUUGACAGUAUACUGUCACCUUUUGCUCUACAACAAGCGUUGAGUACUUGGGGCAGUUGGUUACCAUAAGUACAUAUAAGUAGCUAAACAGACUAACCUUGCAAAAACUAGCAGCAACUUAUUCUUUACCAUGUUCAAUAAGGCAGAAACUUAUUAGUCUUUCUGCGCAGCAUGUAAAGCAUAAUGGUAAUGUUAUAUGCUGCUAACUUGUGAGCAGCUCUUAACUUAUGAGUCUCAUGGCAUGGAAUGAAUGUUGUUGCCCUCUCUAACAUGCUGUACAUUGAUGUUAAGUUUCAGGAACACUGUAUAUGCAUGUGGUAACCUGAAAAUGAUGGCUCAGCGGGGUUACGUUGUGUUGUCCUGCAGUGCAAACUCAGACAUUACACAAGUUUAUGAAGGCAUAUCAUGGUCUUUAUAUUUGCUUUCUGCUCGUCGUGUUACUGACUGUCGAAAGCUGGAUAUCCAAAAUGCAUGUUAUGUAAUAAUAUUGUCUCUUUAUGUCAUGCUUUUACUUUGUUCCUGUAUCGAGUGCAAUUUUAAUACACAUCCUAUUGUGGUUUUAUCAUAAUAAGGCUUUUGUUUUACCAUAUGGAAGUACUGGGUUAGUGCUAAUUACCCAUAAUACCUUAACACAAAGCCUUAGGUUUGUUUUGUUUGUGUUGAAGUAUAGUUAAAAUCAAAAAUAUCUUAUCUCUGCCACAAUGUAACCAAGUAGGCUGCAAACAUUGUGCCAUGCUGCUUGGGUAUUGCUGUCAGACUGGUAAAUUCUGCCGGUGCAUUCCACUUUCUCAUAUAGCUGUAAGCACAGCAUGUUUCUCUUAUGCCCCCGAGUGUUUACACAGCUAAUUUUAUCAUCAACAAAGGAAUCUGCUUGCUCGAUUCUCCAUCCAGACACUAUUUUUUCUUUAAUCGUUAUCAAACUUGCCAGCUAUGUCCGGAAGCACUUGCAUGUGCAGCUGUACAUUUUGCUUAACCUGCUGCAGCCUUUCAAGCUUCACAUUCUUUCAUAUGUUAGUCUUUUGAAACAUGUUGCUUUUCAUUCCUAUUCUUUUAGCCCCCUCACUAGCAUAUGAUUCCUUAGCUUUCUAGUUCAUGCUGUUUUCAUUUAGAGUGCUUGCAAUCAUUAUUGGCAAUGUGUCCUUGCCAUUUGCUUUUCAUGGAUGCAGUCUUACCAGCAUGACUCUCUUAUGCUAUGGUGAUCAUUGAGGGUCUGCAUUCUGUGUAGACCUUGCCACCAGUAUGAUUGUAGAGCACUCAACCAUAAUGGUAGGAUGAGUACUUGGCUUGUCUUGUUUCCCUUCACAGCCAGAAUGUACUUCAUUGAUUGUCUGCCUCUCUAUUAUCAGUUUCUUAGAUACAAGCACUAUGCAUGUUCCAGUGGUAAGCUGCGAAUUCAACAGAAGACAUGCUAAAAUUAACUGCUACACUUUUAUUUCAAGUUGUCUUGUAGUAAGCAUAUUUAGCAUGUUUAUGGAGCUAUGUCCUAAGAGCCUUUUAGGCAUUAGAGAGAAAAUGGACAACAUUAUAUUGUAUUGAAUAUUGUAUUGUUGCUUGCAUAUUAGUUUGGGUGAUGAAGUCCUUAAAACAAAAGCUUUGCAGUAACAAAAAGUCAGAAAUUCGGGCACUAUAAAAUGGUCUCCUUGAUUUGCCGGGAAUGAUUCAAAUGCUUCUUAUUUGAAGCAUUGUGGCCACAAAUGUAACUGUUUUUAUUCACAUUAUCGCCUGAAUUUCUGCCUUCGUGGACUUAGAGAACUGAUUGGCUACUGAGGGCAAGAGCAAGGAAAUUUUUGUCACUUUGGAUCGCUGGCAGACUGUUGAACAGUUAUCCUCUGAGCGAUCAACUUUACUCAGGCAGAUUUGAAAGUCUUGAAGUUCCAAAUAACUUCACAUGCAGUCAGUACUGCAACAUAUAGAAGUGUAAAGUAAUAUGAUAUAUUUUAGCAACAUGUGAUGGAGUUAAGAACAUGUAUAAUUUUUUGGGUUGAAUCACAAUUAGAUGAUUCUGGAGAUUACCAAAUUGAACUUUUUUUUAGUGUGGUACACUUUUAGGGCUUGCCCCACACAUGAACCAGUGCAGAACAGCUGAGCUUAUAGGGUUCCCUAUAGACAGGUACAAUAUCCUAAGGGGCCAGUUGGUUCAUUAUGAUGACUGAGUGCAGAAUGCGCAAUAUGGGAUUUCAGUCACUGCACAUCAAUACUGGUGUCCUGUUUCUCAACUUGUACAUUUAGUAAUCAGUCACCAUUAGAUGUUAUCAAGAGUGCAAGCUCAUGACAGGUCAUUUCUAGUAAUGAAAGCUUACUAGAUCAGAUGUUUUCAAAAUUACUGAUGAAUUAGACAUUAUUGUUCUGAAUUGUAGGAAAAUGGAAAUACUAGGGCAUGCAGUGAUACUGUGGUAUUGCUUGUGGCCCAUUUUAUCACUAAUGUGGUUGUCAGUUAAGUUAUGAAAUCACUCCUUAUUUGAGGAUGCACAUAGCAAUUUUUCUUGAGGCAAGUUGUGCUUAGACCUAAUGAUGGCAACUAGAUAGACCAGGGUAAUGUUUCGAGCUUUUUAAACAUUUUGUUGCUUGAUAGCUAUGUUUGGAUAUUGUGACACAGUCUAAAUUGGUUACAGAAGUUCGUACAAAGCAUAUGUAGAAUUGAAGCAGCUGAGCAUGUAUUUUUUUUGUAGAAUGUUUCUCCUAUCUUGCAGACCGCUUUGUGUGAAUUUUUAAAAAAACCUUUCUGAAUGAUUGCAGCUGAUGAUUUUACUUUGUUUGUUGUCCAUUAUUUUAGGUUAGUGCAGUGGUGAAGGGGCUUUGUCAUUGUUCUUGCCUCGUGUGCUUUGAAUAUUGCCUGAUCAUUUUCACUGCCAUCAUCUUCUGUUUCCUUAAUCUGCAGUCAUUGACGGUUUAGCCAGAUAUGCAACAUGAACUAUGUAAAUUGUAUGUAUUGGUUUGGUUUCUUAAUUUGACAAUGGUUCCUUGGAACAUGUGGAUCUGUGUAUGAUAAAGGAUUGGUUGGCUGUUUUUUGUUGAGAGGAAACAUUAAGAUGAGGACAGCUGGUGAUGUCAACAUGCUUUUUGUCUGUCUUGCUUCCCUACUUCAAGCAACCAUAAACAUUCAUUUAUGAAAUCUGA